UUGAAACGACAACAAAAUCAUUAUUGGGCAAUAAUAUAAACACCUCAUCAUCAUCAUCAUCAUCAUCACGAGCCAUACAACAAUAUCAACAAUCACCAUUUGCCAUACAUCAAUUACUUGGUUUGUCCACUACGUCGACGACCACCACUAAAACCAAUAAUCGAAAUGGAUCAAUAAUAAACAAGUCAAAACUUUGUAGUCCGAUAAAUACUUUGAAUACAAUAUCGGAUACACAUACUUAUAAUGAUAUUGAUGGUGAAUAUGAUUAUUAUGAUGAUGGUGAUGAUGAUGAUGAUGAUAAUUCAAGAAUAUCAAAUGCAAGUCAUACAAGUAGCCGAAGUAAUCAUAGUAGUCAUAGCAAUAGUAGUAUAUCCGUUGGAUCACAUAGUACUGCCGUUUCAUCAUCAAAAUUGAUUGGAAUUUUUCCACCAACAACAACAUCAUCAUCAAUAUCGGCGUUACAAACAACAACAAAUAAUAACAAUAGUUCCUCUUUAUCAUUGAAUGUGAAUAAUUUGGUCAAUACUACCACAAAUUUUUCAUCAAUAUAUUUUCCAACAUCACGCCAUAAUCAUUCAUCAUCAUUGUCAUCGACAAUAACAUCAAGUCAGCAACCACCACCACCAUCAUCAUCAUCAGUUGCAAAUUCUACAACAAAUUGUUUUGGUAGAAAUGAUGCUACAGCUGCUGCUGCAGUUGCUGCCGUAUGUCAAUCGAUCAAUGAUACAGCAUCAUCGUCAACGAUUACUCGUGAAACAUCGAUUCCAUCAUAUUUUCAUUCUUCAACAGCGGCUGCAGCUGCAUUUAUGUCGGCUCAUGUUGGACAUCAAUUUCAUAAUCAACAACAACAACAACAACAAUCGCAACCACAACAACAUCAUACACAAACGAAUAUUAAAAAUUCAUUUGCUGGAAUCGGUAACACUAAUACAUCUUCGAUUUUUAAUCCAUUUGGUACGAAUGAAAUUGGAAAAUUCGAUGACAAAAAUUGUUCAACGGGAAAUUUUAUCAAUGAAUUUGCUAAUCGUUUAGCAUCGUCAGCUAACCAUCAUCAUCAUCAUCAUCAUCACCAGAAUCACAAUAAUAAUAAUAAUAGUAAUAAUAAUCAACAGAAUCAACAUUCAUCAUUAGAUGUUGGUAAAUCAAAUGGUCAUUUUCAAUUGCAAGCAGCAGCGGUAGCUGCAGCCACUAUUGCUAAUAGUGGUGGUGGUGGUGGUGGUGGUGCAUCUGGUAUCGUUACCGGUAAUGGUGGUGUUGGUAGCAAGAAAAAGAAGAAAAAACGACGACAUCGAACCAUAUUUACUAGCUAUCAAUUGGAAGAAUUGGAAAAAGCAUUCAAAGAUGCACAUUAUCCCGAUGUAUAUGCUCGUGAAAUGUUAUCGUUAAAAACGGAUCUACCCGAAGAUCGUAUUCAGGUUUGGUUUCAAAAUCGUCGUGCCAAAUGGAGAAAAACUGAAAAAUGUUGGGGUAAAAGUACGAUUAUGGCUGAAUAUGGUCUGUAUGGUGCUAUGGUUCGUCAUUCAUUACCAUUACCCGAAAGUAUAUUGAAAUCUAGCCGUGAUAGUGAUGAAAGUAAUUCAUGUGCACCGUGGCUUUUAGGAAUGCAUCGAAAAUCAUUGGAAGCGGCAGAUAAACUCAAAGAUUAUGAUCAUAUUACGGAUGGUGAAGAUAAUGAUCAUAAUGAUGAUGAUCAUGAUCAUAUCGGAAGAAGAGGUGAUAAUGACAAUGGUCAAAUUAUUGAUAACGAUGGUAACAGUUCCUUUGGUACAAGUCGACCAAAUACACCUAGAUCAAUAUCGCCACAUACAAACACUAAUGUUAAUGGACAGAUAUCAUCCCGUUUGAAUUUUUGUGAUGUAAAAUUGUCAUCAUCACCACCACCACAACAACCACCAUCUCCAUCAUCAUCAUCAUCAUCAUCAUCGAUGAUUGAAGUUGUAGGCAAAAGUUCAUCAUCAUCAAUACAGUGCAAUAAUAAACGUAAUAAAAAUACAAUAACCAAAUCGAAAAAGAAGCAACGUAAAGAAAAUAAUGAUCAACGUCAUCAUCGAUCACAAAAACAACAACAACAACAAAAUGAUCAACAUCAUCGAAACAAAUGGAACGUAAAUUCAAUUGGCAAUCAUCAUCAUCAUCAGCAGAAUGUUGACUCACAACAACAACAACAACAACAAAUACCAACAUCAAGUCAAUUGAAUUUUAUCGAUUUAUAUGCUAAAUGUCGUGCAGAAUCAAUGAGUGGACAUACAAUUCGUUCGGUUAAUGAAUCAAUGAUGAUUAGUUUAUCCAGUGGCCGUAAUGAUCAUCAAAAUAUUCAUCAUCAUUUUAAUUCGAUAACAAGAACAAAUUUACGUAGAGCUUCAAGUUUAAGUUGA